AAGCCACGCCCCCAAAGGCCAGCCUUUAUAUGAGCUCCGCGCGCGGAGCGCCGUCUUCUCUCUUCCGUCCUCAGGAUCCGCCAGUACUCCGUCUCACCUAACUAUGGCUGCCAAAACCGAGCGCACCUUCAUUGCCAUUAAACCCGACGGUGUCCAGAGAGGCCUGAUCGGAGACAUCGUCAAGCGCUUCGAACAGAAGGGCUUCAGACUCGUGGCCAUGAAGUUUCUUCAGGCGUCUGAGGACUUGCUGAAGCAGCACUACAUUGACCUGAAGGACCGGCCUUUCUAUCCUGGACUGGUCAAGUACAUGAGCUCUGGGCCGGUCGCCGCAAUGGUAUGGGAGGGUCUGAAUGUUGUGAAGACGGGAAGGGUGAUGUUGGGAGAGACCAAUCCUGCGGACUCCAAACCCGGCACCAUCAGGGGCGACUUCUGCAUUGAAGUGGGCAGAUUGGUGCUGUACAGAAGUGUUCAUGAUAAAGUGAUUCCAGGCAUCACUGUGGCCUUUCAAAUCCUGCUUCACUUUAUUCCCGGGGCUGGUCUAACGCUAACAAAUCAGACCUCAGGUACCGGCCAAAAUGCCACAUUAACCAAUCAGGAAAAAAGGAGGAACAUCAUCCAUGGCAGUGACUCUGUGGACAGUGCAAAUAAAGAGAUCAGUUUGUGGUUCAAGCCUGAGGAGCUGGUGGCUUACAAGAGCUGUGCGCAAGACUGGAUCUAUGAGUAAAAUGCAGACAAACUGUCAAAGCACUGAAUCGAUGCCUUUCUUCCCAGACCAGUUAUCAGUAAUGGACUUAAGAUUGUUUGUUUGAUCUUGUCUUUUCUGAAGCACUUGUUCAAUAAAUCAAGAUGUCCCACAUUUGUUUGAGUCAUUUUAAUACUUAAUCAUUAAAAGCACAGUGAAUGUC